CUUUCACAGCUCACAGACACAUGAAAACCCUCAGCAACCCCAGCAACCCCAGCACCAUCACUGGCUUCAUCCUCCUGGGCUUCCCUUGCCCAAGGCAGGGGAAAAUCCUCCUCUUUGUGCUCUUCUCCGUGGUCUACCUCCUCACCCUCAUGGGCAAUGGAUCCAUCAUCUGUGCUGUGCGCUGGGAUCAGAGACUCCACACCCCCAUGUACAUCCUGCUGGCCAACUUCUCCUUCCUGGAGAUCUGGUAUGUCACCUCCACAGUCCCCAAUAUGUUGGCCAACUUCCUCUCCGACACCAAGGUCAUCUCCUUCUCUGGGUGCUUUCUGCAGUUCUACUUCUUCUUCUCCUUGGGCUCGACAGAGUGCUUUUUCCUGGCAGUUAUGGCAUUUGAUCGGUACCUUGCCAUCUGCAGGCCUCUACAUUACCCCACUCUUAUGACUGGGCGCCUCUGCAACAUCCUUGUGACCAGCUGCUGGGUACUUGGUUUCCUCUGGUUCCUGGUCCCCAUCAUCUUCAUUUCCCAGAUGUCCUUCUGUGCCUGUAUAAGAAACCCUUUAAUAGAGUUGACUAGUUCCACCUUAAGUCCCUUACUUUUAUUUAUUCCUUUUAUCUUCAUCGUGGCAUCUUUUGCUCUGGUCUUGAGAGCUGUGUUGAGGGUCCCUUCAACAGCUGGACGAAGAAAAGCCUUCUCUACUUGUGGGUCUCAUUGGGCUGUGGUUUCUCUUUUCUAUGGGUCAGUGAUGAUCAUGUAUGUGAGCCCAACAUCUGAGCAUGCAGCUGGAAUGCAGAAGAUCAUCACUCUGUUUUACUCUGUGGUGACGCCACUGAUCAACCCUGUCAUCUAUAGUCUGAGGAACAAAGACAUGAAGCAUACAAUGAAGAAAUUGCUCAAAACAGAAAGUAUGCAUUCUUAUUGUAAAAGAUUUCGAGAGUCAAAAAUCUCAUUUUGCCUUCUUUAUUAA